AAUCGAGCGCCGCCGGUUGAACGUGUGUUGCGUCCGUCUAGUUCAGCUGGCCAAGUGUCUGAACUACUAUACAGAGUAAUUAGUGAUCGCGCGUGGAGCUGGAGUGUGUGUUGGGCUCUCUAAUGAGCAAUUAGUUAACAUUAGUUAAUACAAGUAAUUUUUUAUAAAAUAUUAAAAAUAAUUGUGUGUUUCAUGUAUGAAAGCGCUCCAAAAAUAAAUUCAUUUAAAUUUACGUAAUUAAUAAAUUUAGUGUAAUUUAGUGCAGUAAAUGUGUUGGGCAAUUUAAUUAAAAAAUUUAAAAAUUUAAAAUAUAAAUGCAAUUGCAUGUCCAUCGAACAACAACUACUAAUAUUUAAAACGAUAUGGCGGCAUUUAAUGAAAUUUCUUGAUUCAAGUUAAGUUCAGUGUGAACGCCUUUUGCCGGCUGCAGAAAAGCUCUCCAGAGAGGCAGAAAGGCCAAGAAAAGCGCAAUAAAAUCGAAUUCGUAUGCGUUGAGUCUUGGGAUUUACAGACUUUUAACCCAGAACUACGGAAUUUAACAUGCCAUAAGGGAUAUAAUAAAUUGACCAACAACAAGUGAUUCUCAGCGGCUAAAGCGACGAAAACUUCAAUUGGCGUCACAUCCAGCAGUAGAUUGAACAGAUGGAUGGUUGGUUGGCGGGGGAACGUGUAGAUCGUAAAACAAAAACAAAAAAAAAAAACAGGAGACAACUGCAAAUUUAGAGGAAAACGAAAGCUAACAACGAAAGAAGAAAAAGCUAAUAAAAACAAACUAAGCAAACGUUCAGCGCGUGCUAAUGAUCUUCUAAAAAUACACAGAGUAGGCAUAAGCACCGCAUACAAAUUAAUAAACGAGCAGACGCCAUCCCAAGCGAGCGCUUAAAGUGUACAAUCAAAAACGAGCCGACAAGCGCAUUGCGCCUCAAAGUAUGUUUAAUUUGCUGCGUCGCUCCACAAAGAAGAAGAAGAAAUCGCAUCAGGAAAAGAGUCCCAAGGCAGCGCGCUAUUCAGCGGGAGUAGCGCUAGAAGAGCGUGCCAGUGCCGGUGUAGUAGAUCGAGUCAAUAAAACAGCACCCAUUGAGCGCUAUCGUUCGUACAAUGAAUGGCAACGCGAACGUGAGCGCGAGCAUGAGCGGGAACGCCAACGAGAUGAGCGGCGCAUAGGGCUGCCGAAGCACGUAGGCGCUGAAAAGCGAUAUAGAUGCGCGGAAACAGAAGAAUUUGAUGACUUAAAAGAUUUAGAGGAAGAUGAAUACGAUUACUGUGAUGUUGACGAUGAUAGGGCGUGCAGAGAUGAGAGCGAAUUGGCCAUUACGGCACGCAAACCACUAUUUGCGGGUAGUGGAGAGGUGGCAACGUCGAAAGAACAUUGUGUCUAUUUUCGCAGCGAUCACAAUGAUGGCGAACGCGAUCGCGAGGCGAGAAAGAAAUUAAAUUUAGCAAUAACAACAGCUGCAAACAACUCGAAAUUAAGCGAUGCGACAACAAUCGCAACGGCGAUAAAUGGGGAGACAGCAUUCUCUACAACGGGCUGCGGGGUUGUGGCAACCACAGGCUGUGUGGCGGCAUCGUCGUCUACGUCUCCCGACGAAGCGGCCACCACUUUGCGUACCAAUGAUUUCACACUGGCCGAAUUAGAUGUGGACAAAAUAAAUAAAUUUUCAACAAAUCUAAGCAAAUUAGAUGUGCGCCGCGUUGGUGAACACGAACGCGACGAGGCCGAUCGGAUCAAGCGAUCAUUCCGUCUAGGCGACGUCGCUGCGGGCAGCCGUGAAUGUGAGUCGUUGAAUCGCCACGGCAGUUCGAACGAAGAAGCUGUGUGGCAGAGGCGCAUUUUACCACUUGUCAAUAGUAAAAAAUAUAAUAAAAACGAACGGGAUCGAAAUCGAGCAAUAAUCGAUACAGAUCAACGCGAAUUUGCACAAAACCCACUGCUGAGUAGUAGUACAAACGCGAGUUACGCUUGUGCGGAGAAUGUCGAAAGGGCCGUCAACGCGACAGCGAGUAAUGAAAAUAGAAUUAGUCACGGUAACGGUAAUGGGCAGGAAAGUGAGGUAUUUCAUGCUGACGGGCAAAUUGCAAUAGCCACUGAUACAGCGUAUUCUGCGGCAAUUAACGAAGUGAAGUAUCGAAAUUUAGAUAAAACAAAAUCAAAAACGCCGAAAGUGCAAAAAAGUAACGAAGCGAAACGACAAUCGAGAUUAUCGCUGGCAUUGGGACUGAAUUUAAAGGGCGCGCGUAGUAAAAGUAUCACCGACGUCUCCACUGCCAAUACAGAUUCCAGCAGUUUUACUGGCUAUUAUAGUGGUUCGAGUAGCUGCUCCGGUCGCGGUCAACGGCAACGCUCGCAACUCGGCAAAGCAUUUCGAUAUUCAUUCUUGCGCGGACGUUCAAAGAGUACUGACACUGAUACGCCCUGUGACGAGGACGACACCGCGGCUGGUUUGGAGUGUACAAAAGCUGAAAAAACUGUUGGUAGCACUGGUAGCAGGGCUUUGAAAAAGAGUAAAGAAUUUCUCAGUGAUUUAUUCAUGGCUCGCGGACGUAAUCAUAACCGCAAUCGCAAUAGCCAAACACCAACGCAAACGCAAACGCAAACUAUAACCCAAACCGAGCAACUACACACUACACAACAACAGCAGCAACAAAAAUUGGCACAACUUCAGCUGAAAAAGCAACAACAAUCGACGGCGAAGGACGAGCGUACGUUCCCACCUGUCAGCGGGCCAACAAACGUCAACAAUUACACUCAUACCAAUCAUAAUCAUCAGCAACAGCAACGACAGCAACAACAAAACAAUCAUAACAAUAAUACCCGUCCAACGAAUCCAGUCGAAGUAAUGCAAAAUGGUCAAAAUAAUACGACUACUACACACCUUGAAGUGAUCUCCGACCCCUUGAGCUCUUCUGCAAAUAGUUAUCAAAUAGCGAAGUCUAAUAAUAGCGCGAAGAAUGUCAGCCGAACAUUUGCGGACGAGGAGCGCCAUCGGCGUAGUAAUUCAGCGGGAGAACAGCAGAUGAGCGUGAGAGUAGGUUUACGUGCUCGCUCAGCAGACCCACAAUGGAAUUUAAGCGGGAGCGAAACUGGAAGCCAAAGUGAGCGUAACGGAAUCGAUGAGGAGUCAGAUUGUCGAUCGCUGAAUGUGCACUGCAACAGCGAUUGUGCCGUUAUUCGCGAGACAAGAGUCGAGUGGAACGGUGCGCUGAACACGGCAGGCACGGAUAACAACAACGCUGAGCAGCCGGUUGAUCGUGAGAAUAGUGAAAUUAAUGCGACUAAGCAAGCCGGAAAGCCAAGUACUAACGGUGAAGAAUACACACUAAAAAACGGCCAAGGGGUGGGGAUAAACGAGAAAGACGAUAAGGUCAGUGUGCGUGAUAGUAGCGGUGAAGUUGGCGGCUACGGUGCGAUUAAAACCAAUCAAUGCAACGACGAAGUGACGACAUGUAGCGACACAGGUGAGACACCGCAAAGUGCGUUCCCCUUAACAACACCCAUACCAACAACAACAAUAACAGCUGUAAACUUAUUAACAAAUAACGCGCGCGCGUCACCUGAUACGUUUGACUUACCACCGUCGCUGUGCCCAAACGUCGUCGCACCAAUGGGACAAACUAGUGCCAAAGUGAGUGAGACCGCGUAUGAUUCUCGUACAAGUUCGCCGCGUCCACCAAGUGAAUCCAUAUCCGGAAAUACAAAUGCCAGCAAUGGCGCUAAUCAGUGUGAUGGAGGUGAAUCGCGAGUGCCCAUUUUACCUAAAAUAACUGUAGUAGACUGCAGCGGCAGUCUUAGUGGUGUAGAAGGUGUCAGAGCUGGUAGUCCAGUGGAACAGGAAGUAUUUUAUGAUUUUGAAAAUGACCUACCGACAUCGAAACGAGAAUGCGUUGGUCUCCGAAUUAGUGCUGUGGAUGAAGAUGUCGAACAAACUGACGAUGGCAUCGAUGAUGAUGAAGUUUUCCACGAACAGGAAAUACCUGCCACUAUUUACCAACCCAAAUGGCCUUUGCGCUAUAACCACACCAAACUAGAAAAUGUGCCAGAGCAGGAGGAAAACGAUGAGGAGAUAGGAAUUGAUAAGCAUACGAUGGACACGGAUGUAAACAGUGCCACAGACUCUGAUUACGAUGCUGCGGAUCGGCGCCGACAAAGAUCUACAUCCGAGAUCGAUGAUAGUGCUGAUAACCUUGACAUUGAAUAUGAGGACAGCAAACAUUUCGAUAGCCCUGAGCGCGCUGCACUCAAGAGUGCCAAUACGAGUGACUCGAACUUGAGCACGAGCUACCCCGACUCGGGCAUAAGCGGUGUCAACUCUCACUGCUCGUCAACAUCGUCGUAUAGUCGCCGACAUUCGAGCAGUGACAAUGAAACGCGUACUACACGUUCUUCAAAGAGCGGUUCACCGACAAUGCAACAUCAUUACAAUAAUAACAACAUUAAUCGUCAACACACACAGUCUAUAUCCCAACAACAUUUGCCCUUCGUGCGCGAUGGCAAUUCCACCGACUGCGAUGAGACGCUAUUGCAGUAUGAUGAUCUCGAUUGUUUGGUAGAAUCAGUGGAUCCGAAUGAACGUUUAGUCUGCAUCGAGAGUAUAAGUUUGCCGGAUGUCGUGGUCGAGUCAACGACCGGAGCAUCGGGUGCAAGUAGUUCCGCUUCCUCCGCAACAUUGUGUGACAAAGCAAAUGGCUUAGGACCGAUCGACAGCGAGCAGAUUAUCAACAUAAACGGUGCGACGGGUAAUAGCAUUGGCAGUGUGCAUUUCAUACCAAUUCAUGUGGAAGGCAGUGACCAAACGACGCCGAAGAGACGUAGUCUUGACGACAGUGUGCUCGGCAGCGGUGGUGGCAUUAACAAAACCUUCGCGCACAUGAACGGAUUGCAUCAGAAGUCGACGGUCGAGAUAACAGAGGAUAGUAGUGAAUUGACGAAUGGCGUAGUCAAUGGGCACAACAACAACAAAGAGCACGAAGUGAUUGUGGAAAAAUUGAGACGCGAAUUAAUAGAACAAAAAUCACGUUACAACACACAAAUUGGGGAUGCGCAGAAAAAUGUGCAAAACUUGCAAAACAAAGUCAGCGAGAUGCAGGCGAAAAUCGAGAAACUGGAGCAGGAAAUGUCGGCGAAAGCGUGGAACGUAGAGCGGUUGCAAGGAGAGUUGAGAGCGGCACAAAAGGACGAUGACUUUGUGAGAAAGCGACUGAAGUUGAUUGAAGAUGAAAAGACAACACUGCGGCAUAAAUACAGUGAAAAUGAGGAUGAAUUUAGAAAAAAAUAUGAGGAACUCGAAUUGCAAUACAGUGAGCUGGAAGCAAAGUACACUGAAACCAAAGCUCUGGCGAGCAAUCUUCAAACACAACUGGCAACUGCGCAAACUGAGGCUGAAGAGUGGCGGAAAGAGGUAGAGAAAAUACGCGGCGAAUUGGAAGCACAAAUCGCAAUAUUGAAAAAUGCCUUGGAGAACUCGGAAGCGGAGCGGAAGAUCUGUCAAGAUAAAUGGCAAAAAGAAUUUGAAAUGCUUAGAACACGAAAUCAAGAUCGAGAGGAGAACCUGAUGGCCGAUUGUGAAUGGCAACUUCGUCAAAUACGUUUGCAAGCCAAGGAUAAACAAGAUAAGCUUCAGCACGAGCGCCAAAUUGCACUAGAAAGAACUGAGCAGCUACACAACGAGCUCGAAGAGCGAUGUCAGGAAGUUAAAGGCCUAAAGGUAUAUCAAGCUGAGGUUAAAUCAUUGCGUGGCGUUGUGGCCGAGCAAGAGUUGGCGAUAAAAACACUUAUGCAACAAAUUGAUACAAUACAAAGCGAACUUCAAACGGCCAAUACGAAUCUGGAGGAGCAGAUGAAGGCCGUAAAGAAGAUCAAGAAUCAGUGUGAUAACGCGCUCCGUGAUAAGGAACGAGAAGUAGUUCAUCGUAUCAGCGAGAUGCGCAAUCAAGCUGCCGUCUUCUGGGAGGACAAACUUUAUACAGAGAUGACAAGACUGAAAACCGAACUCGAAUCCGUCUAUGUGGACGAGCGUCGAGAGGCUCUCGAUAAGCUGCAAGCCGAGCAUAUUGAAGAGCUACGCGCUCUGACGUCGCGCUACACCGCCAACGAGGAUGAGCUCAAAACUGAGCUCAGUGAGCUGCAGGAGCGUUUCGAGCGUAAAACCGAAGAGUUCAGUGACAUGCGGGACAAAUCUGAUAACAGUUUACUGCAAAUGCGUAUGCAUUUGGAUCGUGCCGAUCGGGAAUACCAAAACGCGAUGUGUCGCGAGGAGGAGCGAAGGGAGACGCUGGAAGCAAAUUUGCGCAAGGAGUUCCAAGCUGAGAGAGAGGAGAUGGAAGAGAAGUUCCGCGAUCGCUUAAGUCAGGUGAAGGAGGAGUUUGCCAGAGAGCUGCAAAAUGCAACUCAAGAAAUGCGGCAACAUCAUCAAAAAGAAUUGGAACAACAAAAAGCCAAACUUCAAGCAGAGAAGGAGGAGGCGCUACAAGAGCUUGCCGAACGACAUCGUAAGAAACUCACCGCAGCCGAAGAGCAAAUCAAAGAAAUUGAACUUCGGCAUAAACACGAUCUGAAGGAUCUGAAGGCGGCGUAUGACACAGAGAAGUCGGCCAUGGAUAAGCGAGACAUCAGCAAUACGAACGAAAUCGAGCAGCUUCAUAGGAAAUGCCGUUGCUUGACAAAUCUUUUUGAAGAGAUGCGUAUGCGUUAUGAACGCCGGGAUCCACGACCCGAGGACUUGCGUGAAAUCGAUGAGCUUCGCACACGCUGUGAAUCACAGGAACGCGAUCUUUUCGAAUUAACUGAUCGUUUGCGCGAGAUGCAAAUACAAAUGCAAUCAAUGCAAGACUCCAGCGGUGAUGCAGCCAAGAAGGUUGCAAAAGCUGUGAAAAAACCACCACCGAAAACGAUACCAACAAAUUGUGAUGUCAUCUAUGAGGAUGAAAACGAAGAACGUGAGUCACCACCCCCACAAGCACCGCCGAACCCAAAUGCAACCCACCCAAAUAACGCAAAUGAUGCUGAUGAGGAUGAAGAGGACGAUGAAGAAGAUGAUGAAGAUGAGGAAGAACAAGCUGAUAAUGAUGAUGCGGAGUGUGAAGAGAAAACGUCCAAAAAACAGGAAGUUACGAAUAAACAAUCGAAAAUCGUGAAUGGCAAUGACAAAACCGCCAAUCUUAUAAUUGCGAAUAAGGAGCUCAAGCAGAAGAAUGUCAACACAAUAAACGAGGAUGAUGAGAGUCAUAUGAUUUCAGCGGUGUAAGCGUAUUGCCUGUGAAAGCGCUUUUUUUGUCGAAAGCUUUUUGCAAAUCACUCCACUGCAAAGCUUUUUGUAAUGCGAACGCGGAAAGCUAGUGGAGAGAGCCUCGAAAGUUGGGCUUACAAUUCUACGCCGCUGAUUUAGUGAAUGCCACACAAGAUCGCGCAUAUUUGUGUGUGUUUAUCCUAACACUUCCUCAAUUGGACACACACACACCCACACGCACAAACACGUUUUUCUCAAAUUGUUUGUUUGUUUUGUUACUAAAUUGAUUUUGUUUGAAUUAUUAGACUCUCCAAAUAUUGGAUUAAUGGAAUUGUUACAUAGCUAUUUAAUACCCGUUAUGUUGUAAAACACACACACACAUAUACACUUAUAUAUGUACAUUUAGAAAACUAUCCACAGCCCACAUGCAUAGACACCAACUAAGUAUGUAUGUAUGUAUACAGCUUAGUAUAAAGUUUUUAUUUGAAAAUAUUAUAAAUUUCGGUCCUUUCAGAAAUAGCCCUUUUUGAAAACAAAUUUUUAAUAAAUUUAAUAACUGCGAAAUUGUACUAUUUAAACGAUGUAGUUAUAAAAAAAAGCGAAAUACUAAAAAUUAUAUACUAAAAUUAAGUGUAAAAAAAUU